CAACUGCCUUCUCAGUCCAAAGACGUUCUGGGCUUUCCGACAGAAUCCAAAGCCCAAGUAGAAUCCUGGGUAAACAACCCGGCCCGUAUAUAAAUAACUUGACCGUAAAAAUGUUAAUCAACACACUUGGUCAGUUCAUCUUCCCAAAUUCCGAAAGGGUCUCUAGGUUUUGCAAAGACGGGACAUUAAUGAAGAAAAGGAAACUAAAAGGCAGGACACAGCGAAAGGUAAAUAAAAAGAAGGGAAAGAUGACGGAGAACACCAACACAGAUGAAAGAGCAGUUGAUGCGGACAGGAUCUCUGAGUUGCCUGAACACAUUUUACAUCAUAUCCUUCAUCUUCUACACAGGUCAAAGGAUAUUGCUAGAACUAGUGUUUUGUCUAAGAAGUGGAAAGGCAUUUGGGAAUCUUUCACAUCCUUUGAUUUUGAUCAGAAUUGGUUUAGACAUGAAGAGGAUGAAAAGAAUUGGAAUCAUCUUCAACCUCCACCAGCGGAGAAACAGAGCUACAUGUUAAAAUUUGCGCUUGAGGAAUUUACCGGAGAUAUGCCAGUGAUAGAAAAGUUCAUUCUGUUUGUUGCAAACGCCCUGGUAACCAGAGUUGAACCUUUGCCAAGUAUACAAAAGUUUAGGCUGCGUGUCACUCAUUUAACUAUGAUGUUGAGGAGUUUAAUGGAUGAUUGGAUUGGUGUUGCCAUUGAGAAGAAUGUUAAAGAGCUUGAACUCCAUGUGGAUUUGGAUUGCAAAGACAGACCUUACGUACUGCCUUAUGCCCUCUUUGCUUCAAAGUCAAUAACCUCGUUGAAGCUUAACGGAUGUGGAGUCGAUUAUAGUGAUGACGAUGACGUAAAGGAUGAUUUUGUUGGUGACGUAAUGGAUGAUGAUGACAUAAAGCUCCAAAACCUGCGGGAGCUAUCCAUGAAAACGAUGCGAAUAAAUGAGAAGGUAGUCCAUCGUUUUGUCCAAGGCUGCCCUUUUAUCGAAGAUAUGCGACUGAUCAAUUGCUAUGGUUUGAAAUUCUUGCAUGUUUCAUCUCUGCCUAAUUUAAAUAGGUUGGAGGUACAUGAGGGCUCCAACCUCAGGUGGAUCAAACUUGAGGCACCAAAUCUUGAGACAUUUUGGUUCCACGGAAAGAAGUCUUCAAGGUGCAAAAUACUCUUAGCAGGGUGUGGAAAUCUUAAGAAUUUGAUGUUGAGGCAUGCACAUAUGGCAGAUAAGUCAUUUCAGGAAUAUAUCUCCUACUUUCCGUUGCUUGAAGAAUUGUACCUGUUGGAGUGUCAUGCAUUGCAUGGGAUUACGAUAUUGAGUGACAAGCUGAAAAAGCUGUCGGUGAUAAGGUGCCACAAGCUAAAGGAAGCCAACAUUGAUGCACCAAAUCUACUUUCAUUUGAGUAUACUGGAGCUGAGCUGCGUUUUUCUUCCAUUAAUGCUUCUCGGUUGCAAGAAGUGAAGCUUCACUUAAAAUCCCAAAAACAAAAGUUUCACUCUAAUGAAGUGCAGAAAUUCAUUGAAGGAUUUGAUGCCAAAGGUUUCAACUUGUUUCUUGCCUCCAAACAGGAUGUGUUUAUCUAUGAGGAUUUGAGAGGAAUCCUUCAACUUCCCUCUAAAGUGUAUAAGAUAGAAUUGACUAAAUCAACAAAGAUAUUGGGAAAUCUUCUCAAUAGUCACUUGCGAGAUUUUCACCCAAAAACUCUUACGUUAGAGACAUCUCCCAGUAGUGAACUCCUCACGUUCUUGAAGGAGGAGAUGAUGAACAAAGAGAGGACUCCUAGCUGCUGUAAAUAUUACUCAAAGAAAUGCUGGCGACAUUAUUUAAAAGAGGUUAAUAUGUUUGAGUUUUCAGUAUCUAGGGUGAAUCCAACUACAAGGUUUGAACUAAAAUGGAGAUCGGUGAGCUCGCUACUGCAGGAAGCUCUCAUUAUCCAUGGAGCACUCAGUCUCCUGGCAGAGUAGAAUAAAUCGACAAAAAGUAGUUAAGUCACCUUCAGGCUUUCUUAUUCCAGGAAAGUAUGUAGUUGCAAAAAGGAAAACAGUAGUUCUAAACUGUUGGCCCUAUUAGUUGUUGUGAAAAUGGAUGAGUUAUGGUGCUUGAUAUAGAGCUAGCUGAUAUUUGGUUCUUUGAA